AUGUUAAAAGGUGGUGAAACUGCUCAAAGCUCUUCAGUCUGGUUGAAAAGUGCACUGGUGGCCUCUGUUUUACUACUUACCGGAUUCAAGAUCUUCUCUCAAUUGGAAACUUCGAAUGACGUCGUUACCAAUGUGCAGGAGUUUAUUCCCUAUUGUAGAGAUAAUUAUGAGCCGUUGGCACCAAAAGUUAGUUCAAAAUUCUUGAACAAGAUAGACAAAAUCUUGAACAACAAAGAGUUCAAAGAUGACGUCGCAGCAAAGCUCUCUGGUGCAGUCCAAAUUCCAACAGUGAUUGGUGAUGUUUUCCCUAAUCCUAAGGACGACCUGGAAUUUUAUUCUGAGUUCUUCAAGCUACACGAUUACUUGGAGAAAACCUUCCCUCUUGUUCACAAGCAUUUCAAGAAGGAAAAGGUCAACGAAGUCGGAUUGUUGUACACCUGGGAGGGUUCUGAUUCAUCGCUAAAGCCUGUGUUAUUUAUGGCUCAUCAGGAUGAGGUUUUAGUUAAUCCAGAAACUGUUGGCGAUUGGAAACAUCCUCCAUUUUCAGGCUACUACGAUGGAGAAAGUGUUUGGGGCCGUGGUUCAGCAGAUUGUAAGACUACCUUGAUUGGUGAAUUAGUGGCAAUGGAAGAGUUGUUGAGAGACGGCUUCCAACCUCAGCGAACAAUCAUCUUGCUGUUCGGUUUUGAUGAAGAAAGUGGUGGUGAGAUUGGUGCUCGUACUUUGUCUCAGUUCGUGGAAGAAAGAUAUGGUACUGAUAGCAUAUUCACCAUUAUGGAUGAAGGGGCCGGUGUUGUUGAAGUGGAGUCAGGACUAUAUGCAGCUGUUCCAAUUACUCAGGAAAGAGGAUUUGGUAACAUUGAAAUCACAAUUUCAGGUCCAGGCGGACAUUCCUCUGUACCACCAAAGCAUACGAAUGUUGGUAUUUUAAGUGAACUAGUAUACACGCUGGAAAAUAACUCAUUUGAUUACGUGAUUGAAGACACGCAUCCGUUUUUAUCCUAUUACCAAUGUGUUGCUGAGUUUUCUAAUAAGAUAGAUCCUGGCUUCCGUCACAUAAUUAAGAAAGCAGCCACUUCAUACAAAUACAGACUGGAAUUUGUAAAAGCAUUGGAAGUAUUUGAUCCUUUAUCAGCUUUAACGUUCAAAACCACCGAGUCUAUUGACAUGUUCCAUUCAGGUGUCAAGGUAAAUGCACUACCAGAAACUGGUUCUCUGGAGAUCAACUACCGUAUUGGCAUGCACUCAAACGCAAAAGAGGUGUUGGAAAGAACUGCUGGCAUUACCAAUAAAAUUGCUCAAAACCAUGGAUACAACUUGACCAUUGACGGUGAUCGGGUCAUUUAUUCCGAUCCUCAGAAUGUGGGUACUUUGAACUUGAAAAUGUACACCUACAAAGAUCCUUCUCCAAGAUCUCCAAGUUAUCAAGAUAACGAUAAAGUCUGGGAUCUUUUCGCAGGAACUAUCAGGGAUUACUUUGAAAAUCGUGUGUUAUCAAAAGAUGAGCCAUCCAAGUUAUUCAUUACUACAGGCACCAUGACUGCAAACACUGAUACUAGACAUCUAUGGAAUCUGACUUCUCAUAUCUAUAGAUUCCAAGGUGCGAUAUUCCCUAUUGAAUUGUUCGACAUUGUUCAUUCCGUGAAUGAACACUCACCAGUUGCUAAUGUCCUACAACUUGCAGGCUUUAUCUACCAGUAUGUACUAAAUGCUGAUGGUGCUGAUGUUGGUUUCUAA